AUGGAGAGAUCGCCACUCGCGAAGCUCCCACUCGAGCUGAGGCUCAACAUCUAUGAGGCCGUGCUUCAUGAACCAAAGCCUUUUCGCCUGAGUCGUGAUACCACCAGCAAGAGUCGCAAAAGAUCGAAAGACUUCCGACAAGAACACAAGAACUACGGCAAGCUUGUGGCCAUGACGGAAACCUGCAAGCAGAUCAGAGAAGAGGCAAUGCCGGCUUUCUUUUUCGCGUCAACACCUUUCUCAUCCAACCUCGAGUGUGGAAUCAUCUAUGCCAUGGAGCUCACAGCGCUCAAGCGAUGGCUCAAGAUGAUCGGACCGAGGAAUGCUGCUGCGAUCAGAUUUCUUGGUGUGGAGUCGUGGUGCUGGAGCUUCGAGGAGCUCAGUACGCCAUCGGGACGCGCUUGGGCACAUGCGAGAAAGAUCGAGAACAAGGUACUGAAGCAUACCGGCAUUCAGCUCGGCUCAAUACAUGCAAUCCUCAAGGUCAGAUUGACUCGAGCCGGUCGGUGGCCGAACGAGUUCCGCCAAGAGUAUCCCACGAACGAGCCCUACAUCCGUGAUCAUCCUGGCGGGCGUUGGUGCACAGCAUGGCCUGAUCAGAGAUUCGACGAGCUGCCACUCAUCAAGUACGUCCUUCCUACGCGCAACAAAGACUUGGCACGCCAGAUCGUACGUAUAACGACCGACGCUAAGCUGGCUUUGCUCGAAGAACAUGCUUUCCAACACCGCUGUUGGCUCGCCACGGGGCUGGAUAAGUUUCGCGAGCGACUACGGGGCGUAGCUGACAACACUCUCGGCUUUUUGCAGGACUAA